AUGAACGUCGUGGCUUUUCUCCGCCAUGGCCUGCGCCUGCUGGUGCCGCUCUCGGUAGCUUUCACUCUGUAUUUGUACCUCUUCCCCGUCAUCCAGGGAUGCGCAUUCCCCGUCGAGUCCCGCGAUAGCCAGGAGGCGUACUCGUUGACGAAAAAGUUUCACUGGCCUUCGAAACCUACCGCCGAUGACCAUGCGAAGCUUGCGCCGUUUCGACUGCUGGCGCUGGGCGAUCCUCAGUUAGAAGGCGAUACUUCGAUUAUUACAAAUUAUUUGGGGACGUUUCCGCAUAUCAAGACUGCGUACAAGAAGAUUACUUUUCAGACGAGCCAUUGGUGCUUCCGCGAGCGAGUUAGACAGAUCAUUCAUGAUAUCGUUGAUAUUUUCAUGGAGGAUCUUCCUUACUGGCUUAUGUCGCAACGCAAACGGUUCGAUCUUUGGGGAAAUGAUUUCUACUUGGCGCAUAUCUACCGUCAGGUAAACUGGUGGACCAAUCCCACCCAUGUGUCAGUACUCGGCGACCUCGUCGGUAGCCAGUGGAUCGACGACAAGGAGUUUGAGAAGCGAGGCCGACGAUUCUGGAACCGUGUGUUCCCCGGAACCGAGAGACUUUCGGACGAGUUGGCGGCACACCCCAAGAACGAUUAUACAUUGGCUGGCGUUUUGGAUGGUAGCGAGGAGCAGAAGGUUUGGAGAAAGAGAAUGCUUAACGUGGCAGGAAACCACGAUAUUGGAUACGCUGGAGAUUUGACUGAAGAGCGGAUGGAGCGUUUUGAACGAGUUUUUGGAAAGACCAACUACGAACUUCGUUUUGAUCUCCCUAUCGACGAUCCUGAGACGAGAGCUACUCUGUACUCUCCAACGAACCCCGAGUCUACGAGGGUGUUGCCUCAGCUUCGCAUUAUCGGUGUCAACGACAUGAACCUCGAUACACCGGCCAAGUCUAUUCCUCUUCAGGAUGCUACAUACGGCUUCAUCAACGAUGUCAUCGCGACUUCAGGCGCUGUGCAAUACAAGGGACAGUUUACGCUGAUCCUCACGCACAUCCCCAUGUACAAGCCCGCAGGCAUCUGCGUCGACGCACCGAUGUUCGACUUCCACACCGCAGCAGACGGCGGCGGCCUCAAAGAACAAAACCAACUCAGCGUCGAUGCCACGAGGGGUUUUCUCGAAGGCAUCUGGGGCAUGAGCGCAAAAAGUACCGCCCCAGGCGGCGGCUACGGUCGUGACGGCUUAAUGCUCAACGGCCACGACCACGCUGGCUGCGACACGUACCACUACAUCAACCAAACGAACGGAACAGACCCAUCGCAGCGCUCAUGGCAAGUUGCGAAGUGGUCCGACGCGCAGGCGCAGCAUAUCCCCGGCAUAGAAGGCAUUCCCGGCCGUCGCGAGAUUACCGUGCGCAGCAUGAUGGGCGACUUUGGCGGAAACGCUGGUCUACUCUCCCUGUGGUUCGACAAAGAGGCUUGGGAGUGGAAAUUCGAGUACGCGACUUGUCCGCUGGGAAAUCAAGUGUACUGGUGGUUUACUCACAUCUGGGAUGUGUGCGUCAUCAUCUGGACCGUUUUGUACUUUACACUGUCUGCUCUUGAGAAGCGUGGUGUUGAUGUUGAUGCUGGUGCGAAGAAGGUGUGGGAUUUUAUGUUGAGAAGAAAAAGGAGGGACGUUAAGAGAGGAAUUACUCCUUCGUGA